AAACAAUGUUUAAAGCGGUGUUGUUGUUUGUGUCACUCUUGUUACCCUACACUAGAGCUGUGGACGACGUAAACAUUUUGUGUUUAUCUUCAACUUGUUCGGAUGCUGAAUGUGGUACCUUGCCAAAAAAUUGCCAAAUUCAGAAUGCCACACAUAAUGGGAUCUUCCUUCCUUCGCCAGACAUUUGCAACUGUUGCGAUUAUUGUCUCGCAAAUAUCGAGGAAGGCGGAGCAUGUACCGUUGGCGACCCAUCAAGUGGACAACACACUUCCAUUUGUGGUCCUCUACUAAGUUGUGUCCCCAAAAAUGACAACGCAACUGACGGAAAAUGUAGAAAAAUGACCACAGAUUGCACGCUCCAACAACUUGACUACGACGAACGCAGACAAAACGGAUCGUUGGGAACGAUGGAGGUUCGAGCGAAAUGUGACGAGGAUGGAUUAUUUGAUUCAUUUAAAUGUAUACCAGGGCAAACAUGCUAUUGUCUGCAUCGAAAUGGAACGCGAAUUUUUGGCCAGGGUGAUUUUAGCAGCAUUGAUUCUUAUAUGCCGUGUGAAUGUUCGAGAAAAUACUACGCUGCAAUGGAUUUAAUGGGAAGAGAGCUUCGCCCCAGCGAACAUUUCAGAUGCGACUCCGCUGGAAACUAUGACCGAGUACAGUGCAUUGGAGAGAAAUGUCUCUGUGUAGAUGCUCUAGACGGAGCCCCUACAUAUCCCGACCAAGCACUGGUUAACAUGACCUUAAUCUCCAAUAACACGUUACCUUGCUACACCGCAAAUGAACCAGGAAAAUAUUACAAAAAAUGUGAAGCCGAAUACAUUGAAAUUCUGAACAAAGCUCAGAAAUUGCAAAAGUCAGGUUACAAUGCAGUAGUGGGGGUUCGUUAUCCCAAAUGCGAUUUGGAUGGAUCUUAUCUUCCUGUCCAAGAAAAUAAAACCCACAAGGUGUGCGUAGACAAAGAUGGCGUGGUUUUAUUGACAAUUGACAAAUCAGAAGAGGCGUCAUUAGCCGCAAAUAUGGAUUGUAAAUGUGCUCGAUCAUUGCUAGUCAUGUCAACAAACGAAAAACCUAGUUGCUUAAAGAAUGGGAACUACAAUCCGAUUCAAUGCCGCAGAGGUAUCUGUAGAUGCGUGGAUUUGGAUGGCAACCAAGUAUGCUCAGAUGCCUCAACACAAUGCCUCGAGGUUGAUGAAAGUGCUGUUGAAACAUUACCGUGUUACGUCGGAACGUAAUGUAAUAUUUAUAAUUAAUAAAUUAAACUAAAUUAAAAUAUUUAUAAUGUAAUACAAUACAAUAUACAAUAAA